AAUUUUAAUUUCUAAUUUCUAAGUACUAACUUCAUUUAAAUAUAACAUUUGCAUUUUCAUACUAUUCAAAUAACAUUGUCCAUGUUUAUCUACUUAUAAAAGUUAUUUAAUUAUGAAAAUAUACCAUUCAAUUAGAAAUUAUUCAAAAAUCUUUUUCCAAAGAAAACUAUUCGAACAAAAAUUAUAUUUUAGCAUACAAAAUCAAACAUCUAAAAUUAGUUCAGUAGAUGAUGGACGGACAUCAGGAGAUUUUUUCGUUUCAAAAUUAUUAGACAGUUUAAAAAUACCUUACAAAAAUCAAUUUACUUGCUUAUUGACAAGAUGCAAUUUUUGUUAUAACACAUCUUUAUACAUAAAUAAAAUUACUGGUUGGUUUAUUUGUACACAUUGUUUGAGGUAUGGUGAUUGGUCAAUAUUUAAGUCACACGCAAAUAAAAAUAAUGAAAGAAUUUGUGUACCAACUCCAAAGAAUUUUGAAGCUGUUAAAGAUUUUAAUAACAAGGCUGAUAAUUUAAUGAAUUUUAAAUCAUUAAAACCUAAUAAUAAAAAGAGUAUUUUAAAAUCUCUUAAUUUGGAGGAUUUAAAAUUACAAUACCUUGAUCGUAUUCCAGGUUUAUAUGUUAAUUCAGAAAAUAGUUCCUUGUACUUGACUAUGAUGCUUGAUAAUAAGACAGUUGUUGGUUAUAAAGAAAUUAAAUUAGAAAAUAAUCUUGAUCAAAAUACUGUUCCGGACGAUUGUUGCUGGGGAAUUGCUCAAGUUCCUCCAUUAACUUCAAAUCAUAGUCAAAGUGCAAUUAUUGUUGAUGACUUUAAGCAUUUAUUUGUAUUAGCUGGUCAUCAAUCAUCUCAUCAUAUUAUUUGCUUACCUCAUGGUGUGCGUAAAUUACCACAAGAAUUACUGCCAUCUUUAGAGUAUUUCAAUAAAUUAAUCUUAUGGUUUGGAAAUGAUCAAAUUGCAUGGAACUCAGCAAGAACAUUUGCUAAAAAGUUAAUAGAAAGUAGAUGUUAUUUUAUAAGGCCAACUGAUGAUCAACCAUCCCCUUAUUUAGCAUACAAUCUUGGUUUGAAUAUUGAUAAAAUACUUAAGACUGCUGAUAAAAUGGUUCAUCCCAGUAUUAUUCAAUUUUCAACAAUACGUAAUGAAGUUUAUGCAGAAUUACAAAAUCAUGAUAAGACUCUUGGAAUGAAAUGGACAAAAUUUCCGGCAUUGAAUAAAAUAAUUGGAGGCCAUCGUCGUGGAGAACUUACUUUAUUAACUGGUCCAACAGGAUCAGGAAAAACAACUUUUAUUAGUGAAUAUUCAUUAGAUUUAGCUGAACAAGGUUUGCCAACAUUAUGGGGAAGUUUUGAAAUACGUAAUCAACGUUUAGCAAAAAUCAUGCUUCAACAAUUUGCUAAGGAACCUGUGCAUCUUAAUUUAGACUUGUUCGAUAACUUAGCUGAUCAAUUUGAAAAGCUUCCACUAUACUUUUUGACUUUUCAUGGCCCCCAACCACUAAAUAUGGUGAUGGACGCUGUAAUGAAUGCUGUUUAUGUACAUGAUAUUGGCCAUGUGAUCAUUGAUAAUGUACAGUUUAUGAUGGGUAUUGGUGCCAAGUAUGAUAUGGGUUCAGAACGAUUUUGGCAACAAGAUUCAAUUAUUGCAGAGUUUAGGAGGUUUGCUACGUAUUCAAAUUGUCAUGUAACUUUAGUAAUGCAUCCUAGAAAAGAAAAAGAUGUUGAACAAUUGUCUAUCAAUUCUAUUUUUGGUACUGCUAAAGCUACUCAAGAAGCUGAUAAUAUUCUUAUAAUACAAAAUAAGGUUAUGGAAUCUUUACAAAUUAAAAAAUAUUUACAGGUUUCUAAAAAUCGAUAUAAUGGUAACCUUGGAGUUAUGUCUUUAGAAUUCAAUAAACAAAGUUUAAGUUUUUCACAACAAAAUAACUUAUAA